AAAAUUCUGUCUUGCAAGUUCAUACUGCUUUGCUCCUAUCUCUCCCAGGUGGGGAUCACUGAGGACCGAGGCCCCUGAAGGUCCAAGGCUGGCCGAGUGGCCAUGCUGGACACAGAAGGGAAGUAGAGGUGUAGAGGUCCCAGCCCUCCUCACAGCCAGUGCAGAGGGGCCAGCACACUAGGAGUCAUGGACAGCUUCAUGGAAUCCCUGAACAGGCUGAAGGAGGCCCAUGAGAAGGAGGUCCUGGGCCUGCAGAACAAGCUUCUGGAACUGAACUCAGAGCGGUGCCGAGAUGCACAGAGGGUAGAGGAGCUCUUUGCCAAGAAUCACCAACUCCGGGAGCAGCAGAAGGCACUGAAGGAGAACCUGAGGGUGCUGGAGAACAGGCUGCGGGCUGGUUUGUGCGAUCGCUGCAUGGUCACCCAGGAGCUGGCCAGGAAGAAGCAGCUGGAACUGGAAAGUGCCCACCUGCAGAGCCUGCAGCAUCUCUGCAUCCUCACCAAUGAGAUGAAUGGGCUGAGGGAGGAAAACAAGAUUCUGAAGGAAGAAGUGAAGAGGCUUCGGAGCCUGGGAGACAAGACUGCAUCCCAGGCCUGGGAGGGCACCUCAGAGUCCCCGUCACCCGUGCCACUCCACUCCCCCAGUAGCCGGAAAGGUGCCACUGAGAACCCACCAGGAGGUCCAGAGGAGGCUGAGGAAGAACAGCCAGGCACAGAUAAGGGGUCAAGCCAGAAGUCAUCCCCAGUGGCCAGAGUCUCCCCAGCUGCCAACCUGCCCGAGUCACGGGCCCCGGACAUGAGCCCUCAGUGCAUCUCCAACCAACUGCACUCGACAGUGGCCGUGGUGCGGCCUGGCUCCAGGGCCUGCCCACCAGACUGUAGUACCGCCAAUGGGACGCCCCCGCCACCGUCCGCCAGAAGCAGCCCACCCAGCCCGACAUAUGAGCACAGCCUCCGUGUGGACAGCUUCCUGCGGGCCUCCCGGCCAUCAGCCGUAGCCUAUGAGACCCUGAAGCGCUCCCUUCAGACUGAUCGCCUCUGCUUCCUCAACCGACACCUGUCUCUGCAUCUGCAAAGCCCCCACAGCAGCCCCCUGGCUCCUGCUACACCUGCCAAUAGUCCCCUGCCCCAGGGCCCGAAGGCUAGAGAGGCAGAGGCAUGGGAGGAGCCUGGGGCCUUGGUAGGCAUACAGGACCCACGGCUAGAAGGAGCAUUGCACCUGCUGCUGGUCCAGCAGCAGUUGCGGGCACGGGCACGGGCAGGCAGUGCCAGGAUGAGGGUCCCAUCCACACCAGAAGAGAUGCCAUCUUCCUCACCAGCUGGCUCAGAUUCUGAGAGCUCUGAGUGUGAGGCUCCGAGGACAGCUCUGAGUGCAGAGGCCCGGCCUGAUGGGUGGUACCCUCGGUCCACACACCAAGGUAGCCCCUGGAGGAAAGAGACACAUGUGGCCACUCAGGAUUGCCCCCCAGACAAGCCUCUGGACCUCUCUGACCGGGGACGGUGUCGGGACAUCUCCAAGUCAACUGGCCAAUCUUUGCCUCUCAGCCCCACAGUUGUCCACACUCCCAGCCCCCAGCUGCCCACCUUGUCCAGACCCCUGACUCACAGCCCCCACACUCUCAGCAACGGCAGCUUGGAGACCAGAGCCCAGGAGCCUGAAGAACACUCUGUUCCCAAGGACACCUCACACCCUCUCUCAGGGAUCCACGACAGUCUGACCUCUCCUGGAAGGACAACAGAGGAGGCUGGAGGAAGGCCAAGGCCAGUGCCCCCCCUACAGAGGCCUGACACUGAUGGGGCCACAGAGGCCAGCAAGGUCACAGCUCAGAGGCCAGAGUUGGAGCAACUGGAAGAGUCGGAUACCUCAGACAGUAAGGUGGUCGGGACCUCUGAGGCAAGUGUGGAGCCAAGCAUGCCAGGGGAGGGGCAUGCUGAAGACCACCCACAGGGUCCACACCAAAAGAGGAAGCGGGUUUCAGACCUGCAGGACAAAGGUAACAACCUCCUGGAGGGGCAAAUAGGGCCAGGUAUGUGAUGGGUAUGCCUCUAGCCACCUGACAUCUGGGGACCAGCUGGAGCCUGACAGAAGCCAAGCCUCCCCAGCAAGGGCCUCUGUGAAUCCUAACCAAAUGACCUCCUUGCAGUACUCCUGGGCCUCAGCUUCCUUCCCUCAAGAGGACUAACACCAGAGCUCCAUAACUUCAGUGGGAUAAAAAUGGAGUUGAGAGGGACUGUGGACUUGGCUCAGCUGGCGGACUCGCCUAGCUUCCAUGAGGCUCUGGAUUCCAUUGCCAACACUUAAAAAAAGGCAUUUCCACAGAGAACAAUGUUUUGUUUUGAGACAGGGUCUCACUAUGUAGGCCUGACUGGCCUGGAACUUACUCUGUAGACCAGGCUAUCCUUGAAUACACAGAGACUGUCCUGCCUCUGCCCCCUUAGUGCUGGGAUUAAAGGUGUACACCACCACGCCCAGACACGGGGAAGCAAUGUGAAUCACAUCAUCAUCCUCAACUAUGUAGCAAGUUCAAGGCCAGACUAGGCUAUAUCAGCCCCUGCCUCAAAGGCACAAAAAGAAAGAGAGAGAGGAACUGAGGACAUUUAUUACUGUCCCUCUGCAAGCAGCUCCCUGGGACUGGUAUCCUUGGACCCUCUUCCUGAACCUUUGGGCAGGCACGGAAGCACAUCUGGCCGGCCCUGGGGUGUGUGUUCCUUCAGUGUUAGGGUUGCUCACGUGUUUGCCCAGGGCGGUGCCUUUGAGCUCAGCUCUGCCUGAUAAGAUAGCAGGAAUCUCAGCCUGGUCCCGGGUAAGAGUAUCAGGAUACUUCCUGCUCCAAUGCACAAUGGCGAGUCUUUGAACACCUAAGCUAAUAUGCAUGUGGCCUAUGUUUGCCCAGGCUACAGCUCAGCAGGCUUGGCCGGGCCUACCACAAUAAGCCAUUGUUGCCGGAAAGGGACUGACCGCAGCCUGUGUUUGCUCCGAGUGGAGGCCAGGGUGCCUGUGUCAUUUCCAAGCACUUCCUGCUAUGUGCCCACGAAGUGGGGUGUGGUCCACCGGGUUACCAGUGUGUCACCCUCCAACUUUCACACUGAGUAAGCCAGCCCCCCCCACACCUUAUCCUCCCAGCUAGAAUUGGGCAAAGGAUGGCUGGCACCAGGCAUCCUGUGGGUGGCACUCCUCCAUUCCAGGAAACUGUCUGGAAGUCAGUGAGAACAGGCUCCUGUCCUGUAAGGCUCAUUCAUGCUCCCACUUUACCUAGCAGGGCGACACACAUCCCAGCAUUAUCUUGAGCCUGGGAGGGAUACGCAGUUGUCUCUGCCUUGGGCUUUUAACUCCGACUGGUAGGUAGAACUGACCCUGCUUGACAGGUGGGGAAACGGAGGCUUGAUGAGUUAACUGGCCCAAAGCCACAGGUUUGCUCCAUAGACCCAGCAGCUCAGGAGGUCCUAGGUGUCACCUGCCCAGACCAGAUCCCCUUCCUUGUAGUCAAGGUCCCAGCCACUCUGCAGCAGUGAGAGAGACCCCAGGGUUAGGCUCUGUGACGGGGGUGGCCCUCUGCCAUACUCUUGUGGUUCUCCUCCCAUACCCCAGCCUUGUCAGGAAAAAAAGAGUGGCCAACUGACUUCACAGAGUUGGGCUCUCCUGAGCCUAGAAGCUGAAAAGUCAGAAAAACCUCUAGGGAGAACAUACAAGUCCACAGGGCUGCUGCCAUGUCUCUCCUAACUUCGAAUU